CUAACCACCCCUCAGCUCACCUCCACCGUCCUCAGAGAAAACCCACGGCAGGCGGCGGACACACACCUACCUGACCACGACUCUGAACCUGGCUCAGAGAACGACUAUGUACACAAUCCCCAGAUGCAGAUGUCUUGGCUAGGCCAACAGAAGAUGGAGGACAGCAGGAAGGAUAGAACAGCCAUGAACUACAUGAAGGCCCGCAACCAGACUGUCAGACAAACUGUUCGUGGUCUGAUGGAGGAUGACGCGGAGCCAAUCUUUGAGGACGUCAUGAUGUCAUCGCGAGGUCAACUGGAGGACAUGAACGAGGAGUUCGAAGACACCAUGGUCAUCGACCUGCCUCCCUCCAGGAACAGGCGUGAGAGGGCGGAGCUCAGACCAGACUUCUUUGACUCAGCAGCAAUGAUCGAGGACGAGUCGGGUUUCACCAUGCCCAUGUUCUGAUCCAGUGUUCCCAGUCCUUCCUGGAAGGGGAGGGGCCUUCGACAGGAUGAGCUGUCAAUCAAACAUCAGACUGUCUGUCAGAACUUUUAUCACACACACUUGAACACCCAGACGAACUCUGAUCAGCUAGUUGACGGCCUUGUGUGUGUGUGUGUGUGUGGAGUGGAUCUGUUGGGAUCUACCCUGAAGCUCCAGAGAUCCACUCACUGGCCGGCCGAAGGAUCCCACUCAACCCUGAGGACAAAAUAUCGUACAGAGUAUCUAUCGUACAUAGAGAAGAUCUUUUAUCGUUCAGUGGACGUGUGGGUGUGUUGGCUACAAACCGGACAAAAUAUCGUACAAAACAUUGUUCCACAUUUCUUUAAAAAUAUUGUAAACUUUCAGCCCUUCCUGUUUGUUCCCACUGAUUUGUUUUAACUUCCUGUUAUUGUUAGCGUUCUGGCUAAUCUCUCCGCUAGCUCUGUGGUACUCAUGGCCCUGUGCGCCCGGCUAUACAGUCCCCCAUGCCACACAGUUGUAUGGUUGUUUCGUUCCACUUCCGACGUCAUGUAUAGACCCCCCCCCAGAUGGAACUUGAUAUUAAAUGUGAUAAAUCUUUACUCUUUCAUUUGUUAUCUUUACUCUCUCACUCCUGUCUCAUCUCUCUUUAAUCUCUCUUCCCUUUCGAUAGUGUUGAGAAUAUCCUGUAUUUGGUUUUAUUGGCAAAUGCACCAAACAGCAACCAAUGGGACCAGAACUAGAAGAGUUCUCAUUGGCCAUACAAGAGGCUGUGACGUCAUAGCCAAAUCCCAAGCCCCUCCCCCUCAGAGCUUCACAGACACACCCACGGUGGAAUCGCGGCUUUUUAAAAACGUUUUAAAAAUAAAUAUAUUUUGAAUUUCAGUAGCUUUAGUACAAAGUUUUAAAUGAAGUGAGUUUUUAAUUUUUUUUGUCCGAUUUAUUUGUUUGUACAGUUAUCUUUCUGAAAAAGUAUCUUGUUUGUUGCCAAACGGUUGCCUAAAUGCUUAUAUCUGAUUAGUCCCUACUGCUCAGGCUGUUGCCAUGGAUACCCAGCCUGUUAAGCGCCAUAUAAGGGUGUGUCCAGUGCGACCAUAGAUGUUGUGCAGGCUCAAUAGUCUAAAGUGACUUCCUCUCCAUCUGCACUGAUGAGGAAGACCUGGACAGGUAACAGCUAAUAUCCAGUAGCCUUCUACCAUAUUCAUUUCACCUGUCCUCUCUUUUCAGAUCAGUGCAUAUGAAGGUGGAGACCAGCAGAGAAUACCCCUCUAGUCUUAUGAUGUGGCUGUAGUUACAC